CGCGGCGCGGGCAUGGACGCGGAGUACCCUGCGUUCGAGCCGCCGCUCUGCAGCGGCCUCAAGCAGCUGUGCCGGCGGCUGCAGGAGGCGUACCGCGAGCUCAAGGAGGACCUCGCGCCAUUCAAGGAUGAUCGCUACUACAGACUGGCACCCAUGCGGCUCUACACGCUCUCCAAGCGCCACUUUGUCCUCGUGUUUGUUCUCUUCUUCAUCUGUUUUGGGCUGACCGUCUUCGUUGGCAUCGAGGGACCCAGAGUGAUCCAGACUUCGGCUGCUAAUUUUUCACUGAAUAAUAGCAAAAAGCUAAAACCAGUUCAAAUCCGUUCAAACCCACUGUCCACAUAUAACCAGCAGCUAUGGCUGACGUGCGUGGUGGAACUGGAGCCCUCAGAAGAAACAUCUAUUCAAACCAGCUUCCCCAUGACUGUGAAAGUCGAUGGUGUGUCUCAAGAUGGAACCACAAUGUACAUCCAUAACAAAGUUCACAAUCGGACGAGGACCCUCACAUGUGCAGGGAAAUGCGCAGAAAUCAUUGUGGCCCACCUUGGCUACCUGAAUUACACGCAGUACAGAGUGACUGUGGGAUUUGAGCACCUGAACCAGCCCAUCAAGGAGAUGAACUUCACAUGGAAGACAUACAACCCUGCGUUUUCCCAGCUGGAGAUCUGGUUCCGCUUCGUGUUUGUGGUGCUCACCUUCAUCGUCAUUUGCCUGUUUGUGCAUUCCCUGCGCAAGUUCUCCAUGAGGGACUGGGGCAUCGAGCAGAAGUGGAUGUCUGUCCUCCUGCUACUGCUGCUGCUCUACAAUGACCCUUUCUUCCCACUCUCCUUCCUGGUGAACAGCUGGUUCCCAGGGAUGCUGGACGACUUCUUCCAGUCUCUGUUCCUGUGUGCCCUGCUGCUCUUCUGGCUCUGCGUGUAUCAUGGGAUACGGGUCCAGGGAGAAAGAAAAUGUUUAACUUUCUAUUUGCCUAAAUUCUUCAUCGUUGGACUGCUGUGGCUGGCUUCUGUUACGCUGGGAAUAUGGCAAACAUUUAAUGAAUUAAAUGACCCCAUGUACCAGUAUCGGGUUGACACCGGGAACUUUCAGGGCAUGAAGGUCUUCUUCAUGGUGGUGGCUGCUGUAUACAUUUUAUACCUGCUAUUCUUGAUAGUGCGGGCAUGCUCCGAGCUCCGUCAUAUGCCUUACGUGGAUCUUAGGUUAAAGUUUUUGACUGCAUUGACCUUUGUAGUGCUUGUUAUUAGCAUCGUCAUCCUCUACCUAAGGUUUGGAGCACAAGUGCUACAGGACAACUUCGUAGCAGAACUGUCCGCUCACUACCAGAACUCAGCUGAAUUCCUGUCUUUCUAUGGCCUGUUGAACUUUUACCUCUACACGCUGGCCUUCGUGUACUCUCCAUCAAAGAAUGCUCUGUACGAGUCCCAGCUGAAAGACAAUCCUGCAUUUUCCAUGCUCAACGACUCUGAUGAUGAUGUGAUUUACGGGAGUGACUAUGAAGAAAUGCCCCUGCAGAAUGGCCAGGCCAUCCGAGCCAAGUGCAGAGAGGAGUCGGACAGUGACUGAGCCCCGGGCAGCAGAUGGGACAGCAAGGGGGCCAGAGACCUGCCUGAGUGAUGCGUUCUGGCCCUUUUCUUCUAUCCGCUUGUGUCUGGACUCCUCUGUAAGCAAAAGUUUCCUGUUCCUUAUUUGUUUACAUAUUUUUAAAAGAGAAACCAAAUGGAUUGACAUGUGUUUGCUGUGAGGGUAGCCCCACGAUUUAAGAAGAGGGGCUGGCUGGUAGAGAAGCCAAAGGCAUUUCCUUACGUCGAUAGCAGGUGAGACGGAGCCUAUGUGCAGUCAUGAGGAGAAAUUACCCAUUUUUAAUAAAAAGAAUUAUGUACUUUUUUCCCUUUUAAAAAGCAAUUGAGUCUGUGAGAGGCCUGAUGACCAAGGUCCCAGUGUGGCAGUGACAACUCUUCCCUCUGAGGCACCGGUCUUGAGUGCUCUACCCUCAAGGGAAGCCUAGCCUGGGCCUCCCUCAGGGGGUGGCCUGUCCCCAUCCUCCCCAACACAUGAAGCGGUCAGUGUGCUGACUCCCAGGCAUCUGGAUGAUGGCUUUGAUUGUGUUUGGUGAGCCACAUACAAUGUCAUUUUCAGGAUGGCGGGUGGCCAGGUUCCCAUCCAUCAUUGCCCCUGAGCAGAAGUGACAGUGAUGUUGAGUCCAGAGUGGGCUGACAGCUGGAGGAAGUGAAGGCGGCUACAGGCCAGUAGCGCUGUGGGCAAGGUCCUGUGUCAUGGUGCUCUGGAAGGGUCUGUACAGAUAGGAUUGGGUCUCCCUGUGCUCGAGGUGGAAAACGGGGUGGUCCUUCCCACUCCAAGAGUUUCUGCAUCUCCACUGAGUAUGAAACCUCCAGAGAGCUCUAUUUUUUUUUUUAAAUGAAAGCUACAUGAAAUACAACUGUUUUAGAAAUUCUUUAUUGCCAGAAACUUUCUGUUUAACAUUAGGAACUAAAAUAAAGAGAAAGCAAACCUUUUGAAUGGCUAUAGAGACACCUUCAGAUGAAGGAAUUUGCCCCAAGGUCAUUCUGUGUUUAGUGUUGCUCUGAGGAAAAUGGAUGUCACCUGCACUGGUGAAGUUCAGCACCGGAAGUCGAGUGCCACUGCCUUCUAUCCUGCUCCUCAGAGUCACCCCACACAGAACCUCUGUGUUUACCUGGUAAAGGUAGCCGUCCUCCCUGCCUCUGUCUUGGCAAAUCAGAGGCCCAGCUGGGGUAGAUCACUCUCCAGGCAACACCGUGUUCCCCUCAUCUAUGCAGCGACUGCGAUUUCCACUCUGAGCUGCAGGUUUCUGUCUCUGGGCCGGGACUCCAGGGAUGCCAGAGGCUCUGCAGUCUACCCGUCUUUUAAACUUCAACAUACUUUAACAUGGAUUCCAUGUGCAUUGUUUUUUUAAAAAAACAAACUUGUAAAUAUGAAUGUUGGAAUGGAACUGUCAUCGCAAGGGUAACGGGUUUACAUGGUUUUUACACUUGCUGUGCUCACUGAGAAGAUACCGGAAGGGUGUGUUAUCGACUAUUCCCUUGCAGUGGACCACUGUAGCUGCCAUUUCAUGGACACUGACUUGUGCUGAUCCCAAGAUGCUCUAAUGUGUGAGAGUUUACACGUCUUCAUCAUAAGUCUCCAUGGUUUAGAACGCUAUUAUUUAUCAGUCAAUGUAAGAUAUUUUAAGCAUUUAGAUAUGGAUGUCAGAACUUUUAAAAACUGCCCUGUAGUAGAAUUAUAAACUGAUCCUACUGUCUGUAAAACUAAGGGAAUUUUUUUUUCUGUUGACAUAGGAAUUACAGAGAAGCACUCCCUAGUGUCGCGUCCAUCGUGUAUUAUAUACCCUGUAAAGCGUGGCUUACAGAACUAAGACUUCAGUGUGCAGGUGAAGCUCAGGGGUUAGGUUAAAUCACUACACUCUGCCGGGACUUUUGAUAGUAACCACAAGACUGUUUUGUUCUGAGGGGAUUAAAAUUUCAUAAACUUGUUAUAAAAUCAAAGGGCUGACUAGUUCUUUCAGGGUAAUGGUUUGAAUCAUACUAUCUCUGGGGUAUUUUUAUAUUUGUCCAAUCCAGGGGAACCUGGAAGAUGACAGCUCCCAGAUUCCCCCACGAGAGCGUCACUGUCCCUGUGGAUAGUGAGCCUGCUUGGUUUACUGUCAUGGCAGCAGUGGGUUGGUGCCUUCAAGCCCCAUCUGAAAGGCUAGAGAAGAGUACGUAAACUUACAUCUGAGGCAGUGAGGCAGUGAGGCAGUCUCCACACAGUUAGGCUGAAGUAAGUAGGUUUUGGUAUGCAAAGUCAACCUGCAGAGGGGUAGUUUAUAAAGCGGUCUCACCAGCCCCAAGUGCUGAACCAUCGAAGGUGCAGUUAGGAUAAACAGGUACAAACAUGGUUGCUAUCUUUGUAGGGAAAACCCAAGCACCCACCAGAGAACUAAGGCCCUCCAUGAGGGACAGACCUGAGUCUAGGUGUGUAUUUGUAUACUUGCCUUAGUGUUAGAUUUGGGGGUGAAGGGGCAGCUGGUUUUGUUUUUGUUUUUGUUUUUUUUUCUGGCCAAAGGGAAAUUGGUUUCGCCAGUCACCUCGCUGAACAUUUUACCUUGGUGGUUUGGGUGCUGCUAGGUGCUACCAUUCUGACAUAUCCUGUGACACAGAACAGGUGAAUGCCAUUGUAUGACACAGGGAUUGUCUGCGUCUGAGAACUACCUUUUUACAAAUGUCUGUAACUAUCUGCCAAUCGAAGACACUAGCCUCUGCGCCCGCUGACACUGGACGUCAGUGGGGCAGUGCUGCCUGGGCAGUCACGGGGUAAAUGCUUAUUUAUGAAAAACUCAAUAAAACUCACAUUUUGGGAUUUUG